AUGAGGGGAGCAGAAUGUAAUGGUGUGAAUGUAAAUGAGUGUCUCUGUGGCCUCAGGAGGAAGUCUUCCGCGAGCCGUGGGCUCGUCGCCGGGUGGUUCCGCGCGCCGUGGAGGGCGCUGCUGUCCAGGGAGGCGAGAGAGCUCGUGGGCAGCGACCACCUGGGCAACAAAUACUGCUACGUCCCGUCGUACAAGAACUGGAGAGGACAAACUAUUCGAGAGAAAAGAAUUGUCGAAGCAGCAAAUAAAAAAGAAGUAGACUAUGAAGUGGGGUCUAUCCCAACAGAAUGGGAAGCGUGGAUUAGAAAAACAAGGAAGACCCCACCAACGAUGGAGGGGGAGAGUGAGAGAAUGAAGAAAUGGGUGCACCGGGCCUUUUGUCCCCACAAACACACUCUGCAUGCGUGUGCCACUUGGUGCAUUGAGCUUUACACCGGCAGCGGGGAGCCACUGAACCCAGCCCAGCAAGCCUUGACCACUCAGCCGUUGCCGCAGCUCAGAAGUGUCUGUUAAAGACGAC